AUGUUCAAGUCUGACGAUGACAAGUGUCCAGAGGAGGAGAUGGAGCAACAGGAACUGACAGCCCGGUGCGGCCUGGCGGCGGGGGUGGCGGGGCGGGGCGUCCGGGCCUGUAAAAGCGGCCAGCAGGGCCAGGGCUCUCAGCAGAUGACCAUGGAGACCACAAGGACAAGCCGUGUGAUGGCGCUGGGCCUGGCCCUGGCUGCAUUCUGCCUGCUGGUGCUCCCUCCGGCCACCUGGGCCCUGCCUGGGGGCCACUUGAUCGGUGAGCGCAAGAACCUGUCUCCCGACGACCCGCAGGUGCAGAGGGUGGCGCAGGUGGCCGUGGCCAACUACAACAUGGGCAGCAACAGCGCCUACUACUUCCGGGACACUCACAUCCUCCGGGCCGAGAGCCAGCUGGUGUCUGGAAUCAAGUACUACCUGUCCAUGGUCAUGGGAAGCACUCCCUGCCGUAAGACUGCUGCCAGCAUGGACCGUGCCGUGGACCUCACCAUCUGCCCCCUGUCCACGGGCGCCCAGGAGGAGAAGCUGCGCUGUGACUUUGAGAUCCUGGUGGUCCCCUGGAAGAACUCUACCCAGAUUCUGAAGGACAACUGUGUGCCCCAAUAA